UUGAACUUCCCGGAGCCGCAGAAAAUCGGGAUCCCGAGGCGCAGCCGGGCCCAUAUGGAUGUGAUUUUCCCGGCCCUCUCCCAGAUGAUCCAGCGGCACCGGGAGCCGCGGAGCUGAGCGGCUCCGCUGCCUCUUCCCAUGGGCUCCGCGGCGGAAUUUUGGGAGCUGCCCGCCACUCCAGCCAUGAGAAAACGAGGAAAAGCCCCGGGAUCUCUCGUCAUGUGCCUCUCCGGCUGAAAACCGGGGCAGCGCAACCAACAAAUCCCGCGGAUCCCGCAGGGACGGGAGGGAGGAGGACGAGGAGAAACCCGCGCCGCUGGAAUUCCGAGCUCCCGCUUCCCUGCGCGAGGCUGGAUGCUGGAAUCAGCCCCUUGGAUAUGGGAUCAUAUCUGGUGUAUCCCAGCCUGGGUUUGAUCCUCUGCUGCUCCGUGCUCAGCUCCGUCUACGCGCUGGUGGAUGCCGACGAUGUCAUCACCAAGGAGGAGCAGAUCUUCCUCCUGCUGAAGGCCAAGGCCAAGUGCGAGCGUCACCUGAAAGCCAAGGUGCCCAAGGUGCACGAUGGCUUCUGCCUGCCCGAGUGGGACGGCAUCGUGUGCUGGCCCGAGGGCGUGCCCGGCAAGGUGGUGGCCAUGCCGUGCCCCGAGUACAUCUACGACUUCAACCACAAAGGCCACGCUUAUCGCCGGUGUGACCUGAACGGGAGCUGGGAGCUGGUCCCGGGCAACAACCGCACCUGGGCCAACUACAGCGAGUGCGCCAAGUUCCUCACCAACGAGACGAGGGAAAGGGAGGUCUUUGAUCGCCUCUAUUUGAUUUAUACUGUUGGAUACUCCAUCUCCCUGGGAUCCCUCACAGUUGCUGUCCUUAUCCUGGGAUACUUCAGACGUUUGCACUGCACUAGGAACUACAUCCACAUGCACCUGUUUGUGUCCUUCAUGCUGAGAGCCGUCAGCAUCUUCGUGAAGGACGCGGUCCUGUACUCCGGGUCAGCCCUGGAGGAGAUGGAGCGGAUCUCCGAGGAAGACUUGAAAUCCAUCACGGAAGCACCUCCGGCGGAUAAAUCACAGUUUGUGGGCUGUAAAGUAGCUGUCACCUUCUUCCUCUACUUCCUGGCAACCAAUUACUACUGGAUCCUGGUGGAAGGGCUCUAUCUCCACAGCCUCAUCUUCAUGGCAUUUUUCUCAGAGAAGAAAUAUCUUUGGGGAUUCACGUUAUUUGGCUGGGGACUCCCUGCUGUGUUUGUCACAGUGUGGGCCAGCGUCAGAGCCACUCUGGCCGACACAGAGUGUUGGGACUUGAGUGCUGGCAAUUUAAAGUGGAUUAUUCAGGUGCCCAUCCUGGCAGCUAUCGUGGUAAAUUUUAUUCUCUUUAUCAAUAUUAUCAGAGUCCUCGCAACCAAGCUCCGAGAGACGAAUGCAGGGAGGUGCGACUCAAGACAACAGUACAGGAAGCUGCUGAAAUCUACCCUCGUCCUUAUGCCUCUGUUUGGCGUUCACUAUAUUGUUUUCAUGGCUAUGCCAUACACAGACGUGUCAGGGAUUCUUUGGCAAGUUCAAAUGCACUAUGAAAUGUUGUUCAACUCUUUCCAGGGAUUUUUUGUUGCCAUCAUAUACUGUUUUUGCAACGGGGAGGUCCAAGCAGAAAUAAAGAAGUCAUGGAGCAGGUGGACUUUAGCACUUGACUUUAAAAGGAAAGCCCGGAGUGGGAGCACAACCUACAGUUAUGGACCAAUGGUUUCCCACACCAGCAUCACAAACGUAGCCACCAGAGGGGCCCUCGCCCUCCACCUCAACACCAGACUUAUCCCAGGGACCCUCAACGGCCACCGGAAUUUGCCAGGUUAUGUGAAAAAUGGCUCCAUUUCCGAGAAUUCCAUGCCUUCCUCCGGCCCUGAGCAGUACAACAAAGAUGAGGAAUACCUGAACGGCUCCGGGCUUUACGAUGGAGACAGACCCACUGUCCUUGUGGAAGAGGAGAGAGAGACUGUGAUGUAAAGACGGGAGGAGGGGGAAAAAAUAAUUCAGCCAAAGGAUGAAAAAGGUUCCUGGAGUGGAGCAUUUAGUGGGAAAAGACCAUCAGGCCACGCAGCGGAUUCCAAGGGUUUCCAUGCAGUUUCUCCGUUCUGUGGAAUGAGAGAUUAAGUUAUUUGGGGGGAGAAAAAAAAAGCGAGCCACCGACGUGGCCAGCGGGUGAUCCCAUCCAUGAAUUCCGUGACCCAGAGCUCUCCAGACCUGCUGGACACCAGAGAUCCUCGUGGAGGGAUCUGCGUGGUCCUCAGAUUCCUCGGAGAGCGUGGGCGGCCAAGAAGGACGGGAGUGUCCCCCGGGAAAGCGGGAGGCGCGCAGGGAGGGAGCGGUGCCAUCGUCCUGGGAGGGGACAAGGCAGGCUGGGCGCUGGCUUUGGUUUGUUCUCUGCCUGUGAACCUGCCUGGUGACACACACGGGGACGGGAACGGUCACGUGGGGUACGACCCGUCCCGUUCU